CUCAUUUUACCUAUAAGCAGGUUCGCGGGUUGGACCGCUUGCAUCCCUGGGUUGCAUUGCUCUGAUGAUUAAAUGUGCGGGCCGAGUUGAACUAGUGUGGGCCUUACUUGGGCUCGGCCUUGUUUUUCACUGCAACUGGGCUGCACAAGCACAACCCGACCACCACCACCUCACCCACCGCCAUGGCCUCCGCCCUCCGCCCUCCGCCGCCGGGGACUCAGCUGGUGACUUAGCUAAGGCAAGUCACAGCGUGACAUACGAUGCAUCUCGCCCGUUCAAAACGAAUCCAACGAAGGUAGCGCUUGGACCCGCACGCAGGCAAAAAAAAUCCCCGUUUCAGCCUAACAGGAAGCCCGCACGCGCUUAGCCUCGCCCUCAAGUCCGCGUACGCCGGCGCUUCACCUCGCCCUCGUCCGGCGCCGCCGCGACCGGGGGAGGCGCCAGGCCGCCCUGCCCUGCCGCCGCGACCGGGGGCGCAUGGAGGCGGCCAGCCGCCGGGCCUGACAGAGCGGUGGUGCAGGCGGGCGGCCCACAGCCCGAGCCCGGCGUGUGGAGGAGGUCGUGCUGCUCCUGCGGCGCCGCACGUCCCGAUUUCGGCGGCCUCAACUCCACGAUGGAUAUCAGAUCGCUCAAAGCAACAGCCCCAUUCUGGCAUUCUCAUUUCAUUCACAAAAUUGCUCUCUUUGGAUUUUGUCAACCAAAACACAAUCCAUCCCUAUCGUAUCAAGAAAUGAAGGAGACAUACGGGCUUGUUUGCAACACAUGAAUUCGUACUAGGAAUUUUGCAGGAAUCUCGCAUAAAAACAGCUCCAAAGAUGUCCUACCCACUAUUGAUCAGGGCGACCAUGCACAGGAACUACUGACCAUGAAAUUUCACGAUAGCACUACAGCAACGACGGCACUCCAUUCAGCAUCUUCAGAGAGAGAGAUUCAGAGCAACAUUGCUGCAUAGGACAACUGAUCAUAACAAGACAUGGAACCUCCCACCUAGCAUGAACUAAAAAUUUACAGCAGAGAUAGCGAAAAGGAGGAAAUGGCAGCACAACUCAUGUCCAGUAUAAACCAGACAAUACUAUAAGUCCAUUCCAGACUUUAAACCUGAACAAAUCAUGGACCUGGGCAACAUCUCAAACAUCUCAAAAUUUUUUAGAAAACAUCGUCAGAAGUUACUGAUUUAUUCAUUCAUUCAUUCAAAUUACAGCAUAUAUGAGUCAUACAACCAAAUCAAUCUCAAUCAAGAUUACAGAAUCAAUUUGCUUCUAAUCUCACAAAGCCAAACAAUAACAAUUCACUUUCAAUCAGGACUCUGCAUCAUCCCAGACGGCAGGGCAUUUCCACAAACACCUCGCGGGCACAGGAAAAGGUGCGUCGUUCUCCACAAACUCAACCAGCAGUGACUCCUACCCUGGACGAAGCCGGGCGGCGGUGUCACCUCUCGCCGGCGACGAAGUGGGCGGCCGACUGGUGCGGGCUCUGGAUGCGGGCUCGGACGCUGAAAUCCAUCGUGGAGUUGAGGCCGCCGAAAUCGGGACGUGCGGCGCGGCAGGAGCAGCGCGGCCUCCUCCACGCGCCGGGCUCGGGCUGCGCGGCUGCCCGCCUGCACCACCGCGCCGUCAGGCCCGGCGGCCGGCCGCCUCCACGCGCCCCCGGUCGCGGCGGCAGGGCAGGGCGGCCUGGUGCCUCUCCGGUCGCAGCGACGCGCCUCCCAGCUGACUCGUGGCGGUGGCCGGACGAGGGCGAGGUGAAGCGCCGGCGUACGCGGACCUGAGGGCGAGGCGAAGUUGAGUCCGUCUCAGGCUGCGCCGGUGUACGCGGACGAGGGCGAGGUUAAGCGCGUCCUGUGCGCGUGCGGGCUUCCUGUUAGGCCGAAACGGAGAUUUUUUUUGCCUGCGUGCGGGACCAAGCGCCAUCUCCAUUGGAUUCGUUUUGGACGGCCGAGAUACAUGGUAUGUCACGCUGUGACUUGCCUUAGCUAAGUCACUGAAGCGGAGUCCCGCCGCCGGACGAUCCGCGAGAUGGCAGGCCGCGCCGGCGGCGCAAGGAGGUGAGGUCCGGCAAUGGCGUUGCCUUGCGCGAUCCACUGCCACUACUGUCUCCACGGGGCGCCACUAUAUGCGAGCGCGUCCCGGUGAUGGAGGAGGCCUCGGUUUCCCCUCGGCGGCCGUGGCGCACCAGCUCAAGAUCAGGGAGAGAUUAUUGAAGAUGGAAGAGGUGGUCGGUUCUGCUAUCGUUCACGAGACGGUUAACAAGAUCGUAUCCGGGUUUAUUGAUAGGUGUGAGCGAAAAUCAAGUGCACAGGAUAACCUGGAGAGGCUGGAGAUGGCACAAAUCAAGUUGGACUUCGCAUUGGAGACAUCCAAUAAGUGGCAGAUCACUAGUGGCCCAUUGCUACGUUGGCAGAAGAAGCUGAAGCGUGCUACUGAAGAGUGCGAUGACACAAUACGCAUGUGCAGGCAGCGUGUCCAGGAAGAACAAGAGGCCGAACAAGUAGCAAGGAAUUCCUUCUUUCCUAGGCGAAUUGCGCAUGCCACCAAGUCACUGAUAUCAUCCAUCUUCCAUGGCAAUAUAGACGAGCCGAGUAGAUCAGUUGUUCGAAGAUUUGAGUGGUUUGCAGAUGGAGCUAAUGACUUUCUGAGAUCUGUGGAGUAUGGAGGCACACCACGUCAUUACUUGUUCUUCGACCCUCUUAUUGGGCAUCUUCUUGCAGGUGAAACUCUAGAGUACAUAGUGCAGGGAAACAGGCAGCUUUUGUUUUGGAUACAACCCAAUAACAUAGCGGAGAGGGGAGUACAAGCUAUGUUGUUAUUUGUUUACAGUGAUGGCACUGCAUCUGAGGGUAACUUUAUUUUGGGUAUGCUGCUACAACUUUCGGAGAGUACAAACAUAGUUGGCACUAUAAUUAAGGGCUUGCAGUUGUUUACCCCUCAUUUCAAGUCUACAACUGAAAAUGUUAGAAAGCAACUUACUCUGCUACCUACACAAGACUUCUCCUGGGUGCCACAGGCUCAUUCAAACCAUUGGUACAACAUUCAUAGUAUAGCUAUUGAAUGGUUUCGCCCAAACCCACUGUGUUGCAAGCAUCAUGGUGCGAAGGUACGUGGCAGUGGAAACACGGACAAGAUAGGAUUACAAAACGUUUCUCUAGAACCAAUUAUUGAAGUGAGUUUGAAGUGCGAAGUUUCACUGCGUGGGUUUGGAGAAUGCGGAACGAUCGUCGAGGGCAAACCUUCUAUCAAAGAAGUUCCGCACCUGAAAGUUAACAUUAUCUAUAUGCCGCAUGGCUCUUCAGGAGACCUAUUCCCAACAGUCGAGAGUUCUGUGGUAGAGGUGAUUAAUGCUAAUGAGCAACAUUGCUUGCACACAAACAUUGCCUUACAACAAAUGGAACAGAUCAUGCUGCCAAAGGCUGUAGAUUGUUUUCAUCAGAAUGCAAAAGCUAGAGUGUACCAGAUGCUUUGGAAGUCUAAACAUGGCGGUGCAUAUCUUGAGGUUGUGAAGGCAACCAUGAACAUGACGAGCACACGGAGAACCAUUCGAGGAGCCAAGAAAGCAAAGCUGCUGCGUGGAAUGGAUCAGAGAACGCAGAGGCGCACAGUUGUGACCUGUGACUUCAUCUGUGACUUCCUUAACCUCUGGGCUGCUCAUGCGCCUGUCCAGCUGCAGGGCUCUAUCCUUGAUUGGAUUCAGAAAGAAAAGGAAACAGAGUUAGCAUCUCCACUAUUGCGUCUGAAAUUUUAGAUCAUUUACAGAGACUGGUUAAGGAGACAGGGAGAAUUAAGAAGAAUGGAAAUGUAAUAUUAUAGGGUGAAAAGUGAAUUGUAGGUAGUUAAAUUUAGAAGUCCUUAGGAGUGUGUUGAUCUGUAAUGUGUGCUCCAUGUCUCCAUAUGCUAUUGUUUGUCCAGCUGAUCACUUAUGUUGGUGAAUGGUGAUAAUAUGAUGUUCAUACUCUAUCAAUCUAAUGUACAUCCUCACUCAU